GCUGAGAAGAGGGUUUUCCGGUCAAAGUUUCCUUUGUGAGUCGAAGUGGUGCACCACUAAAGCCAAAGCCGUGUAACCUCGUUAACAACAUUAAUAACUAAAAUGAUAAGUAGCUAACGAGAACACGCAUUCAUUUAAAUAAUACAUUCACGACACAGAGAAAUAUACCUUGCAAUUUGGUUGAAAGCCACAGGCUCCACCGCGUGACUAGACUGACAGGUAGCUGCUAGCAUCAGAUGCUAAGCUAACUAUUUAUUGUAGCUAACUGUCUGGAGCGGGGGAGGUGGACUUGUCUAGCUAUCUUUACUGUCGAUAUAUUCACAUAAAACCAUUUUCUGUUUGAAGCUGUGGAAGUAUUGGAUUUCGUUAUUCAAUAGUUCUGCUUUGGACCAUUCAGCACUCAUCCCAACUGUGUGCUGAAAUGGAAAAACCCUCUCAUUUGAUUUCGAGUAUUUAAAGGAACAGGUCUCUCUGGCAACGCUGGAGCCACAGGAUGGGAAGGAGCCAAAUACCGGCAUCAUGGUUGUUGCUGUAGCACCUGGCGCCGCACCUAGCCCGCGGAGUGAAGCAGUGACUAAUGAGCUUCAGGAGAUGACUCUGAAGCCCGCCUCCAACGACAUGCCUGUGCGGGACAGGAAGAAUGGGAUUCCGCGAGUGCAAGCUGGCUGUACUACAGACACCUGUCCUCGUCGUGGCUCAUUGUUAUCUUUUCGUAAAACAACUGCUUGCAGUAAAGAGCCAACCUGGAUACUUAAGGAGAUCCUGAGGGAAAUCGCAGAGUACCAACAGCUUUACGCUAUGGAGGAACAACAUACUCCAUCAUGGAAAGAUCCGACCACCUCACAAAAUAACUUUAACCCGACAAAAAAAGAAAAACAGAUUCAUCUACAGACACGGGUGAUUUACUUACCGUUGAAGUAGAGGCUAGUGCUCUGACUGGAAUCCAUGCAACACUGGAAAAAUUGUGUGAGGAGGUAGCAGGGCUGAGGGGGAGUUUGGAGUUUAGCCAGAGUGAAAUUCUCACGCUCCAAGGAGAAAAUAUGGCACUCACAGCCAAGAUUCCAGCAUGGAUUGUCUACUCAGGGAAAACAGGGUGAUGAUGGAGUCGCUACUAGACAUACAAAGUUGUGGCAUGCGUGAAAAUAUAUUUUUUCUGGGAUUCCUGAGGACGCAUCCAAUAAUCCAGAGGGCGCGAUCAGGGAAUUCAUGCAAUCCGCCUUGAAACUUCCUAUAGAGACUAAACGAGGUGGCUUUUCACCGAGUACACAGACUUGGAGCGACAAGAGCAAGGGUCCCUGACCGAUCAUCGCAAAAUUUGAACACUACCAACAAAAGGAGCUGUUCAAAAGCAGGGGAAGGGAGCUACAAGGGACGACUUAUGGUCCCAUUGACCAAUUUCCAAGGGAGAGAAAUGAAUGUCGUAUGAGACUGUAUCCGGUACAAAGGCAGGAAAGGGAGAAGGUCCUCCAGCUCAAACUACAGCAGAGACGCACCCGGGAGGAGCUGGUCAGCCAAGGGAUCAUGCCACCACUGAAGAGUCCGGCUGCCUUCCACGAGCAGCGGAGGAAUCUGGAGAGAGCCAGGACUGAGGACUAUCUGAAGAGGAAGAUCAGGAGUCGUCCUGAGCGCUCAGAGCUGGUCAGGAUGCACAUACUGCAGGAGACGUCAGCAGAGCCGUCUCUGCAGGCCAAGCAGCUGCAGCUGAAGAGGGCCAGGCUGGCUGAUGACCUCAAUGAUAAGAUCUCCCACAGACCUGGUCCUAUAGAGCUCAUCCACAAGAACAUCCUGCCUGUCGACCUGGACUGUCGUCUGCAGCACUCACUACUGGAUUCUCCAAAGGGUGCAGGAGAAUCCUCAUUGGACGAGGACAGCAGUGAUGCAUUUUCUCCGGAUACGCUAGCCAAUCACGACUCUCCACUGGGUCCACUCUCUCAGAUGUCCCCCUCUGACAUGCUCACUCAGAAAAAGGACAUGUCCCCCUCACAGCUAAAGUUUUCUCAGUUCCUUACCCAGGUCCCACCACCACCUCCGCUGUUGGUGAAUGGCCAAGACUCAUUGCCACCACAGAAGCUGACCAAUGGGACAGUGAUGUCGGGAGCUUCCCGCCCUGCUACUGGUCAGACCAAGUCGAAACCCAGUUUGGAGCGGCCCCCCCAGAGGCCUAAGAAGGCCAAAGACAACAAGCCCAAGGUGAAGAAGCUCAAGUACCACCAGUACAUCCCUCCGGACCAGAAGGCUGACCGGGAGCCUCCCCCUCAGCUGGACUCCACCUACACCAAGAUCCUCCACCAGCAGCAGCUGUUCCUCCAGCUGCAGAUUCUCCACCAGCAGCAGCAGCACUAUAACUACCACACCAUCCUCCCAGCACCACCCAAACCACCUGCAGAGCAACCACCUUCAACCAACCCCGCCCCUUCCCUUUUGCGCAGUGUUCCCCCGACGACCCCUGCCCCUUCCAAUCCGAAUGGGUCCAGUCGUCAGAGCCAAACCCCUGUGGGAGGAACCAAACCUUUGAUGCUACCAGCCAACCUGGAUGACUUCAAAGUUGCUGAGCUGAAACAGGAGCUGAAACUACGGUGUCUGACCGUGUCUGGUACCAAGAUGGAUCUGAUCGAGAGGCUGAGGAACUACCAGGAGCAGAACGGUUUAGAUCGAGCUGGUGUUACUGCUACUGUAACCCCUAAACCCAGCCAACCAACCCCACCGCACGCCUCAACCCAACCUGCUGGCUCCAUCAGCCCUGCCCCCCCCCAGGCCGGAACUAAUCCGCACACCCACCAUUCAGGAGAGGCAACAGGAAAGAUACCCGCUUUCUCAUUGGCUCAGAGUGCCGCUCCGGCCUGUAUUUUGAGGUUUGGCAGUACGAGCUCCUCCCCUCCAGUCUCCCCCACCCCGUCAGAACGGUCUCUGGCGGUGAUGAGCCCUGACGAGACCAGCUGUAAUGGAGACGUGUUCGGGGAGAUGGUGAGCUCUCCCCUGACCCAGCUCAGCCUGCACCCCUCUCCACAGCACCACUCCCCAGCCUCCAUCAAAGAGGAGAACCAGGGUCACUUAUCCACCUGCAGCCUCUCCCAGUCCCGUCAUUCUCCCACCGAGCUUCAGCCUGCCGCCCCACCUCAGGAGCCCCUAGCCGGGGCAACCAUGGAGGCCUCCCCCUUGGACAAGGACCAGAUGCUUCAGGAGAAGGACAAGCAGAUUGAGGAGCUGACACGCAUGCUGAGGCAGAAACAGAGGUUGGUGGAGAACCUGCGCUCCCAAUUGGAGCAGGGGAAACAGACUGGAGCAGUGAGAGAGAUGGAGGGAGUACAGGGAGUGGUGGUGAACGGUUAUGCCCAGGAGGCCCAAACCACCCCCAUCAAAGCCUCUACCAUCCCACAUCUCUCUCUCACCAACACAGACAUGGUGAGGGUCAAGAAGGAGGUAGACACAGAAGAAGGGAUGGAGGGAGUGGACGAGGCUCAGCCGACACAGUGCUCUCAGCAGACCCUGCUCAAACUGCAGCAGAUUCCCCGGAUACAGGUUGAACAACAGACACAACAAAUACUACAGACACAACAACUGAAACAACAGCAGGCACAACAACCACAGAUACAACUACUACAGACACACUCACAACAACAACAACAACAACAGACACAACAGCAUUCCAAACAACUCCAGCAACAACAGGCACAGCAGAUGCAGCAGCAGACGACUUCGGCCCAGUUGUUAUUCCAGCAACAGCUGAUCAUCCAGCAGAAACAGCUCCAGCUGCAGGACAAACAGCUGCAGGCCAAACAGCUGCAGGCCAAACAGCUGCAGGACAAACAGCUGCAGGCCAAACAGCUGCAGGCCAAACAGCUGCAAGUACUGCAGAGGAAGCAGCAGAGACAGUACCAGAGACAGCAGCAGAACAAACAACUGAGUCAGACAGUCACCCCACAACAGGUCACUCCAGUCUUCAUCAGCCAACAGAAUGGCACCCAGGUCCCCGCCCAGGCCUUCUCAUUGGACCUCCUCAAAUCGGGCACCACGCCCACCCUGGUCACCGACGGCAAUGGCAACCACUACCUGAUAGCACUGACCAAUAACAGUGCAGAGGGCCAAAACGGUGUGACCUCAUUGGGCAAAACCAGUGGAUCGCAACGCAUCACACUGCAGAGAUUGCAGUCAACUCCAAGUAAGCUCCCAAGCCAAUUGCCAGCUGAGAUGCUGAGCCCCGAUACCCAAUCAAAACAACAGUUACAACCAGGCCCUGUCAACCAGUCUAUCAAAAAGAAGGCAGGUCUACAUCUGGAAACAAAUGGCAUAACCAAUGGGGUGCCAGAGCCCACUCAAUCUGUCUCCGCCCCGCCCAAUCUCCAUCCUUUCUUUGGCGAGGUGUCCAACUUGUCUGAAAGCCAAAGCACCCAUCCCCCCUCCCUCAAGAGAGAAGUGUGUCUGACUUUUGACUGGCACACUUUGUUCAUCCCUCCCUCUCCUGAACAGACCUCUUUCUCCUUCACUCCACGCCCUAAAGAGAACGGGCUGAGCAGUCAACAGAUGGACGAUCUGUUUGACAUCCUCUUGAAGAGUGGCGAAAUCUCUGGAUUCCGAGCCAACCCAGACCCUUCCCUGGCCCAAAACCACUCCAACCCCCCCACCCCUCCCUCGUCCCCUCUCCACAUCUCGCCGUCCACCACCCCCCCGGAGCCCUCCCUGCCCGCUGUGCCUUCCCAGCAGCCCUCGCCAUCACCCUGCACAGGAAGUGGUCGUCUGGAGGACUUCCUAGAGAGCACCACGGGCACGCCCCUCCUGGGGGUGGAGCCUGAUGGCGGUCUGACUUUGAUUGAUGACCUCCACAGCCAAAUGCUGAGCACCCCCAGCAUCCUGGACCAUCCCCCCUCCCCGGUGGACAUGGACACUAGCGACCUGGGCUUCUCCACCCACCCGGCAGGGCUUGACAUUGACGACCCAGCCCUGGACAGCAUGGACUGGCUGGACAUCUCUAUGGGUGGUGGAGGUGGGAGGACGAGUCUCGCCCCUCUGGGCCCCCACUCGCCCCCCAGUGUGUUCUCAGCGGACUUCCUGGACAGCUCGGACCUCACUCUGCACUGGGACUCCUGUUUGUAGCUCUUGCGGAAUGAGGAGUAUGCACAAAGCAGGUCCACCACUCUGGAGGUACACUGAGACAGGGAGUCUUGUCCUGCGUUCUCUGCCCUCUCGUCAUGUUUGAACAGGCUAGAGAGCAAAACUGACUUUAGAUCAGAGGCAGUGUGUGAAGGGAAUACUGUGGAGUUUGGUCACGCUCUGACAGAUCCUUCUGGUGACAAAGGGUAACACGUGAAAUGCAGCCCCGAUGUGUCAGUGGUGCUUCUAACUUUGCACUUAUGCUGAGACUGUUGAUUGGUGAAAAGUUGUAAUGGAACAAAUCUCAUUGGUGGAAACCUACUAAUGAAUCAAACCUCAUUGGUGCAAACCAGGGGUGUGUUCAGUACGAAAGAAUGGUGUUAAGUUUUCUCCAUCAAAUCAUUUAUUUCAAUGAAAACUGUACUCCACUAAACGGCCAGUUGAAGAACAGUGUGAUUAUGGUGGCCCAGAGGGAGAUGGCCCAGAGGGAGAUUGUAAAUGGUGUGUGCUGCAUGAGUUUUACGAUUUUAAAUGGUCACACCCAUAUUGAUCAUGCCACACCCACCAAACGAGAGCAAACACAGCUCAAAGACUUUUGAAGAACGGUACACACCGUUUCGGGGAAGCGUGUCAUUCAGUACAAACUGUCACGCAACGGAGGAAAUGUUAAAUUGAACGCACCCCAGUUGAUGAAAUUAACCUCAUUGGAGGAGGCAGUUACUGGAGGUGUUUGCUAGACGACUAUGCAUUUCUGUAUAUGAGGUGUGUAUUAUCGAUUAUCCAUCUUUUUCUUCCCGGUUGCUUAGAAUAGCAGGUAGGGUAUAUAGGGGUCUCAGCUUCCAAACAACUUUUUUAUGAAAAAAAUACAAUAAAAAAAUGUAAACUUGAA